AUGAAGAGUUCUUACAUAAACAGUCAUGUCAUUUUGGCCCUAUGCAUAAUGUAUUUGGGUGUUUGGUGCUUUGGAGAACCAGAUUACAACGAUGUAGCUCCUAUGGAGGAAGUUGAAAAAACAGCUCUAUACUCUGCUAUUCAAGGCUUUGUAGGUCAUUGGUGGAAUGGCUCGGAUCUCUAUCCAGAUCCUUGUGGGUGGACUCCUAUUCAGGGAGUCUCUUGUGAUCUCUUUGAUGGGCUUUGGUAUGUCACUGCCUUAAGCAUUGGACCUAUUCAAGACAACUCUCUUGAUUGUGCUCCGAAUGUUGAGUUUAGACCACAAUUGUUUGAGCUUAAGCACCUAAAGUCUCUAAAUUUCUUCAAAUGCUUUGUGUCUCCCCACAAACAUCCAGUCACUAUCCCUGGAAAAAACUGGGAAAAACUUGCAGGCAACUUGGAAACGUUAGAGUUUCGAUCAAACGCUGGUCUCAUCGGAAAAGUUCCAACAAGCUUUGGUAGCCUAAUUAGGCUCCAGUCUUUAGUACUACUAGAAAAUGGCUUGGUUGGUGAACUGCCAACAAAUGUUGGGAACUUAACCAAGUUGAAGAGGCUAGUCCUUGCUGCAAACUGGUUUUAUGGGAGGAUUCCAGAUAAUUUUGGUGGGUUAAAUGAGCUCUUAAUCUUGGAUUUAAGUAGGAAUUUGCUAUCUGGAUCUUUGCCUUUGACUUUCGGGGGUCUGACUUCACUCCUAAAGCUUGAUUUGAGCAACAAUCAGCUUGAAGGGAACCUGCCAACGGUGAUGGGUUACUUAAAGAAUUUGACACUUUUGGACCUGAGGAAGAACAGGUUUUCUGGUGGAUUGACUAAGUCACUUCAAGAGAUGUAUUCUUUAGAAGAAAUGGCCUUGUCUGACAACCCAAUUGGAGGAGACCUUCAGGGCCUAGAGUGGCAUAGCCUACAGAACUUGGUGGUCUUAGACCUCUCCAACAUGGGCUUGGCAGGUGAGAUUCCAGAGUCCAUUACUGAAUUGAAGAGGUUGAGAUUUUUAGGUCUUAGUGGCAACAAGCUCACAGGGAAUCUCUCCCCUAAGCUAGCGACUUUGCCUUGUGUUAGUGCACUCUACCUAAAUGGAAACAAUCUGACUGGAGAGCUUAAGUUUUCUGAAUGGUUUUACGGGAAGAUGGGUAGGCGUUUUGGGGCUUGGAAUAAUCCAAAUCUGUGUUACCCAGCUGGGUUAAUGCCAACAGGCCAUGCUCCAUAUGGGGUAAAACCAUGCCAGCAAGAGGUCACAUCGCUUGAAGCUAAUACAAAUUCCAAGUUAGGCGAAGGCAAUUUCGAUCAAAAUUCCCAUUUCAUGGUCUCUUCGGGAUUCUCAAUCAACAUUAUUGAUGGGUUUCGGUGGGUUUUUCUAGUACAGGUAUUUAUGAUGAUUCAGCUCUUCAAUUGUUUCCUAGAAAGCAACCUUUAA